UGAAUCUUCUAUUGUCUGACAUAUGAAGUUUUCAAAGUAUUAACAUUAGAAGAUAUUUCAAGAAGAUGAAGAAAUUUAAGAAUAAAAUGGAUGAAUCCACGAGCAUGUACUAAUGAAGCAUAUAUACCUACUUCUGUAGAACACAUAGCAAAUGUGGCUACUCAUGGAAUUUGGGUUGUACCAUCUAUCAUAGGUAGCAUGGAACUAGUUCACCGCUCUAUAACAUGGACUCAAUUAGUAUCAGCUUAUGUAUAUGGCACAUCUUUAAUUCUUGUUUUUACAGUUUCAACAUUUUUUCACAGUGUACAUUAUUGUAAUAAUAACAGACAGCUCAAAGAUGCAUUGCAUCGUUGUGAUCGUGCGAUGAUUUACAUUUUUAUUGCUGCUAGCUAUUUUCCUUGGCUAAAUGUAGAUCAUUUCCCAGACGAUGAAUUGUUAUUUACGAUGCGUUAUGUUGUUUGGAUUAUGGCAAUAUUGGGUAUACUAUAUCAGCAAAUCUUCCAUGAACGAUAUAAAAUGUUAGAAACAAUUUUUUAUUUACUUAUAGGAGUUGGUCCUAGUAUUGCAAUUAUUAAUGUUUAUAAUUACUAUAACAUUAUUGAAUUAAAAAUGGGAGGACUAUUUUAUAUUUGUGGUUUGGUAUUUUUUAAAUCUGAUGGAAGAAUACCAUGUGCACAUGCAAUUUGGCAUCUUUUUGUUGCUGUAGCAGCUGGUUUUCAUUAUUAUGCUAUAUUAAACCAUGUCUUCCCAGCAAUUGGUUCGUCAGAUAAUUUUAUAAUAUCAGAUGUCCCAUCAUUACCAAAACUAUUGAAAUCUCAUAUGGAAGAAUUAUAG